AUGAGGUGGCGGCUGCUGUGGCUGCUGUGCGCCGCCGGCUGGUGGGGCGCCGGGGGCAAGACGCUGCGGGGCGGCUUCGCCAGCGCCGCCGCCCGGCUGGAGCCGUGGCGGCCCGUGGCGCGGUUCCAGUUCCACGGUGACCAUGCUGUUCUGUGUGUCAGAAUCAAGAACGUAGCAGUAGCUGUGACAAAAGCAGCUAGGCUUCACCUGUUUCAAGCACAGGAAUGGCAGAAGCUGCAGAACAGUAUCCAAGAUCACAGCUGUACAGAGAAGUUCUCUAAAGCUCAGCUGACAAUGACUGUGAACCACACAGAGCAAAAUCUGACAGUGUCCCAGAUUCCUUAUCCGGAAACAUGGUAUGUGUUUUAUGUAGACAAGUUUACCUGCGAGGAGAAUUAUUCUGAAUCCGAGGAUAUUCAGUUUGAAAUGGUCUUACUAAACCCAGAUGCAGAAGGGAAUCCAUUAGAUCACUUUAGCGCAGGGGAAUCUGGAUUACAUGAAUUCUUUUUCAUGCUUGUCCUAGCAUACUUCGUAACUGCUUGCAUAUAUGCACAGUCCCUAUGGCAAACAAUUAAGAAGCGUGGACCUAUGCAUACUGUAUUAAAGGUGUUGACAGUUGCAUUACUGUUGCAGGCUGGUUCAGCUUUUGCCAACUACCUGCAUUUCUCAAGUUAUUCUAAAGAUGGAGUAGGAGCACCUUUUAUGGGAAGUCUGGCAGAAUUGUGUGACAUAGUCUCACAGAUACAAAUGCUAUAUUUAUUGUUGAGUCUGUGUAUGGGUUGGACGAUAGGCAGAAUGAAGAAAUCUCAUGGCAGACCUCUUCAGUGGGAUUCCACUCCAACAUCUACUGGCAUUGCUGUAGUAGUUGUUGUUACACAGAGCUUUUUAUUAAUUUGGGAGCAGUUUGAAGAUACGAAUCACCACAGCUACCAUUCAUACCAUGGCUUAGCAAGCGGACUGCUUAUUGGCCUCAGAGUGUGCCUGGCUUUGUCACUGGCUGCUGGUCUUUACCAGAUCAUCACAGUGGAGAGAAGCACGCUGAAAAGGGAGUUCUAUAUCACCUUUGCCAAAGCCUGCAUUCUCUGGUUUUUGUGCCACCCAUGUCUUGCAACCAUUGCUGUAAUAUUCAGAGAAUAUCAAAGAGAAAAGAUUAUUACCAUAGGUGUUAUCCUCUGUCAGUGCAUCUCCAUGGUUAUCCUCUACAGACUUUUUCUAUCUCAUAGUCUCUAUUGGGAAGUAUCUUCACUGUCAUCAGUGACAUUGCCACUAACAGUAUCCUCUGGACAUAAAAAUCGACAUCACUUCUGAGAUGUUUAGGAAGAAUACAUUAUGUAAUAAAUGUGCAAUAAUGACUUAAAUAUACAGGUAUUUUUCUCACAGGUGUGUGAUACAUUGGUUUCACUGGAAAACUGAGUCAUAAUAUCAGAGCACUUCACAGACCUUUGGUCUGACAAAGUCCCUAGAUUAAUCUGUUAAAAGUGUUGUGGAGUGGAAAAAUCCAUAAUUUGAAUAGUUUUAUAAAUAUUGUUUAUGUGUGGCACGUGGUGCUGAGCUGUAUCACGGAAAAGUACAAUGAAUCUUUUCUCUCCCAUUCACAGACACAAAAAAAUGUCCUUACUUUAUAUCAAUACUAGGUUUGAAGGUGUUAUAAAAUGCAGUUCUUAAAACAUCUACAAGCUCAAACAAGUCUGAAAUAGGCCAGUUGUGAAAUUGGUGUGAUGCGUAACGAUGAGUAAAAGUUCUUUUAUUUUCAUGCUUUAGAGAAAAUGCAUUUUAUGUAUAAGUAUAAAAGAAGGGGAAACAAAAGAGGGAGAGUCCUCUAGAAAACACAUGUAAAAUGUUCACAACUGACUGCAAGAAACUUUCCUUUAUUAUUGGUGUAAAAGAAAAGCCUUUUUUGCAACUGAUGAUCAUACUGGUUAAAGUUUUAAUGGGAAUGAAAGUAGGGUUUAUAUCUGCGUUUUUUUAAAAUAAAUGUAACUAAAAAUUUCAUCCAGUAAUGAAGGUCUGAACAGUAUUUGAGGCUUAGAAGACAUAGCAACAUAAAGGUAAUUAAAACAGCAGGCUUGCAUCUUUUAAAGAAAAAAAAAAAAGGCAAAGAAAAUGGAAUGGGUGAUGUGGUACUAGAAUUUUAAUCCUGAUAUAAUUCAUUUCUGUUACAUUGAGGAUUCAAUCAUAAUUAAGCCAUAUACACAGAUUAAAUUAACAGAAGCAUUUCAAAUAAAUGUUGGUUUCAGUCAUCAACUACCCAUGAAUUCCUGCCCAAGGAUACUUAAUCAGGAUUAAAUUUUCUAUGAAUAAUUGAAAAACAAAAUACUCACUGGAUGUGUUAUAAUCCAUGUUGGCACUGGGUUCUAAGUAGUUGCCAUUUUCCAUCCAUUGUAAUAAAGCCAUACUACUUUGUGAUGCCCUAGCAUUCAGAACGCCAGUGUAAAUAUAUACUUUAUUGAAGUGCCUAUUUAUUGAGUAUGAUUAAAUCAUGCUGACAUUUUUUUCCUUCAUAAUAAGAACAUAUCUAUUGCCAUUGUGACUGAAAUCUUUCUUUUUGCACUUAGUUUAGUAUUUGUCAAAUUUUAGACUUCUUUUCAUACGUGUGUGUUUCUUCCCAACAUGGAUUUUAUUUUCUAGUAAAUGACUGUUUCUUCUUAACAGCAUGUAUUUAAUUAUGUCUCUAUGAAAAUGUGAAGACACCGGGGUUCUAGCUCUAAAAUGGCCCUAACUUUUCUAUUCAUGUUUGCCUCAGUUGUGAGCAUAGUUGAAACAUAAGUCUAUUCCAUUUUAGUUUAGAGGCAAAACUAGACAUUUGCCUUUGACUAAGGCAAAAUGGCAACAUGACAAAGUUGCUCAUUAAAUCAUCUCCUUUCUUAUUGUUUGUAAUUCAGAUCAAGAAUGGCAGGUUGAGGCUGGAAAAGAUGAGAUAUUAUGAUUUCACACAAUCUUCAGAAUGAUUAAAAGAUUAAUUAUUACAUUCCUCUGAUAACCACACAAAAAUAUUAUUGGUUAAAACUUCAGUCUUUAUUUCCCUGCUUAUCUCUGUACUUUUCAUCUUCUCAAGAAAAAAGCAUCCUGUUUUUGAUAAGUCUCCAAUAAUGCAGUAGAAGAGUUCUAUCUGUCCUCAUGUAUAAGACAUGAAAUUCACACAUAAAAUAGAAUUUUCUGAUAGACAGAAGAACUACUUCAUAGUUUAUGAUCCGUCACGAUAAAAGUUUUAAUCUAUGCAGAAAAAUCUGUAUGUGACUUUCAGAAGAGGCACUCUAUUUGUUUUAUUCUCCAGAAGUAUUUUCUUUCUUCUUGUAGUUCCUCUGACUUCAAUCGGCCAGUAUUAAGGUAAAUGGUAUCUUAAUUUCACCUUAUAAGUAUACCCUACAACAAUUCAUAAAAUUAAUUCAUAGUUAAUCUGAGUGUAAAUAUGAAGCAUAAGAUGUUGUCUCUUAGUCUUUUCCAGAUUGCCCCAUAAGUGAACAGGUAACAUUAUCCUCUUAGUUUGGCACUGAAUCCAACGAUUUGAAAAUAAAAUUUUAAUUUUGCUAUUAAUGUAACUGUAGCAAUUAAGCAUCACUUUCUCAUUGUAAGCGGUACAAAGGACAUGCAUAUCUGCCCAGGUCUAUUAGCAUUCUUUCAUAAACAACACUCACCAAUUUUAUGUUAUUAAAUCAUUAAUGUGUACUGUAGCAGGAGGUCAGUAUGACUGCAGUAAUACUCAAGAUGUCAGUUAAUUCGGUACAGGAUAUCUUUGGGGGAGUCUUCAAGUAUGACUAAUUUACAAUGCUUCAUGCUUACCUGUACUCUACCUUGAAGCUUACUGCCUCUGGAUCAUGCCUGAAGAGUGGUUUGAGUAUGUGAAUGCCUAUCUCUUCUUCCUAACUUAUAUCUUCUGUGAGACCAGCUGAUAAGACCCUGCUUUUUUCAUGCUUAUUCACACAGUUACCCAUUUUAUCAGUUUGGUUUCAUAACCUUCUCUGGAAAGAAUAGCUUCCAGUCUUCUUUCAGUUGUCUUCGAUCAGUGCAUCCUGACUGGAAAACUUUUUCUUCCUCUUUUUCUAAAACGUG